AUGGGAUGCAAUUGCUUCGUUUUUCUGAAUCGUCACUUUGGCUCCGAUCAAUCGAGACUCGACAAAAUACUGACCUAUUACGCUCAAUGUGGAUACAAUUAUCAGGUCUUAUUAUAUCCUGAAGGUACAGAUAAAUGUCCACUUGCGACGGAAAGAAGUCGAAUAUACGCGGAAAAGAAAGGCCUCGUUCAUUACGACUACGUAUUGCACCCUCGGACUACUGGUUUCGUGUACAUUGUACAAAAUAUGAGAAAAGCUGGAUAUAUCGACUAUAUAUACGAUGUGACGAUUGCCUUCGGCGAUUGCAUUGUACAAUCGGAGGUGGAAUUCGCUCUUAAUGGCGUUUGUUCGAAGGACGUCCACUAUCAGAUUAGGAAAUUGAAGAUUAGUGACCUUCCCGAGGAAGACGAAGAACUCGCCAAAUGGCUGAUCGACCUUUGGGAAAAGAAGGAAGAGAAACUACGUCAAUUUUACUCGCAAGAUCCGAAUAAAAGAGAGUUUGAAAGUACUCCCAAUGGGCGGGAUUAUGAGAUGAGCAGAGGCGUACACGUGACCCAAAUAUGCAUCAUCAUCUUCUGGACUGUGACGACUUUGAUUUGGUCCUACGGAUUAUUGAUGAAGUAUGAGAAGUUCAAUUUGUUGGCUAACUGGCCUAGCCCAGUUUCGGACAAUCGAGUUCACGGA